AUGGCCUCCAUACCGAUCAAUCACCGUGCACUAUUCCUUGAUGACAUCGGCAGGCCCCUCAAAGUCGAAACGCGGCCUACUCCGCAAGCAACGGCGGGCACCGCGGUGGUUAAGAUUCUGGUAGCAAAGAUUCUCUCGUAUUCUGGAGACAUCUAUAAUGGCAAGCGCAAUUAUCCUCUCCCCACACCAAUGGUGCCAGGAUGUGCUGCAAUCGGCCAUAUCGCAGCUGUGGGCUCAGAUGCUACGAAACUCUCAGUUGGGGACCUGGUCUUGGUCGAUAUCUAUCUCCGAGGGCGCGAUGAUCCCACCCAGGCUGCAUUGUCGGGAAUUCAUGAAGGCCACACCGAGAUGAGUUCGCAGCUCCUUCUUGGCGAAUGGCGAGACUCGACAUUUGCAGAGUACGCGAAGAUGCCCUUAGAGAACUGCUAUAGGCUCGAUCAGAGGCGGCUUCUUGGGUCAACAUCCGAAGGAGGACUAGGAUACGAGGUUGAGGACCUGCUGGCUUUGACUGGACAGCUUGUUGCAUUUGGUGGGCUGCGCAGCAUUGGCAUCGAGCCCGGCGAUAAGGUCAUUGUUAGUCCUGCCACAGGUGCAUUUGGGAGUGCGGCGGUGCAGGUGGCUCUGGCUCUUGGGGCCAGCGUGAUUGCAAUGGGACGCAAUAUGGAGGUGUUGAAGAACAUACAGGAGAUGUUUGGAGCAGCUCGGCUCCAGGUGGUCAAGAUCACGAAUAACCAGAGACAGGAAAUAGACGCCCUGGCCCGUUGCGGGCUAGCCGAUGCCUUCUUUGACAUCUCUCCACCCAUGGCGGCGGGCUCAAGCCAUAUUGUGAGUGGCAUUUUGUCGCUCAAACAUUCGGGGCGUGCUUGUUUCAUGGGAUCAGGCAUUGGCGACGUGCCUAUUCCGGCUGCAGCGCUGAUGGCCAAAAACCUUACGAUCAAGGGUAAAUGGAUGUAUGAGCGCGACGAUAUCUGGAAAAUAAUCCAGAUGGCGGAGUCGGGUGUCCUGAAGCUUGGUAAACAGGCGGGCUGGGUGACUGUUAAGAAAUAUAAGCUGGAGCAAUGGGCGGAGGCGUUUUCUUGCGCAGCACAACGUGCAGGUCCAGGCGAGCAGGUUGUCUUCACAAUGUAA